UUGAGGUUCUGUCGGCUUCAAGUUUUACGGAGAAUUGUUUUUGUUUUCAAUUGUUGGAGUAUUUAUAUUGUAAAAAUAUAUAAAAAUUAUUGUCUUAGACAAAAUAAAGAUUAUCUACAAAUUUUAUGUCUGUAACGUGAUCGCAAACAAUCAAUUUAAACAACUUCUAAAUGAGAAAUCUGAAAAUAAGACAACUUACGAACAUGAUGAUGCUUCCUGUUUUGUUUCUUUUUGUUUUAACAAUAAUUGGAUUAUCUUCCUGCAAUAAUGAGCUAAUAAAACGUCAAAACUUGGCAUGCGAAGAAUUGUGUGAAGGUGUUUUACAAAAGUUUUUCUCAAAUGAAUCAAAAUCUAUUUCAACGGAUUCUAUUCCGGAGAAGGAACAAAGGAUAGUCAAACAUAAUCAAAAAAAUGUUGCAAAUUUGAAUCAAUAUUUGGAAACAUCUUCGAUAAUUUUUGCUCUUUCAAAAGAAGCAAAUAAGAAAACUUUGAACGAACAGUGUUUCAAGGACUUCAAGACUAUCGAAAAAGGAAUUUUAGAAAAAGAUCCCUGGGCAAUGAAAGUUCGAGAUUCUUCGGGAGAAAAAGAGUCUGGUUUUAUUUGGGGCAAUAACUACUGGCUCGGGAGUAGACUCGGUUGUGCUGCAGUACAAAAUCCAGUCCAAAUAACCUUAUCGGAUCAAAUUGUCAGGAUUAUGAAUAAAGACCUCAUCAAACAAAUGGCUCCAUUCCAAAUGGACUAUCGGGUAGUCUAUCUGAAACAUAAUUCUCCCUGGCAAGUUGAUAUCAAUAUGACAUCAGAAGCAGAAAGAACUAUCCAUGUUGGACUAUGUUUACCAUCAGCGUGUUCCUCUUCAGAAAUCAAAACGUUGACACAGAGUCUACUGGAUAAGAAGAUAUUAGAGGAAGCUAAUAUGUUCGAACUUGAUGCUGAAGUAAUGUACGUAAAGGACCUUAAACUCAAGCCAAGUUUCUUUCAGCAGAAAAGUUUCAAGAUUGUCAUUGUAUGUGUUUUCUUCACUUUGGCAAUGACUGCCUUGGCUUGUGUGUUUAGCAAUUCCGAAGGAGAACACAAGCCUUCAAAAUUUGUUUUGCUCGUAAAAUGCUUCGAUAUUGUAGAAAAUACUCGAGACUUGUUUACGCUCCAUGAACCUUCAACUUGUUCGAUUUCUGUAAUUAAUGGCUUGAAAUCUUUGUCUUUCCUUUGGAUAAUUUUAUUCCAUGUGAUGCUGUUCAUGUAUUUUAGCCUAAAUAAUAAAACGUUUGCAGUUGCGUAUUCCGAGCAACCCUUCUACCAAUAUGUUAGCAUAACUCCACUCUUUGUAGAUCUUUUAUUUUCAAUCAGUGGAUUUCUGCAGGUGCACAAUUUUAUGAAAAGUGAAAAGUAUUUGGAAGAGAUUCGGGGAAGUUCAUUUGGACAAAACGCUAGAUCCUUUGGAAAAUUGGUCUUAAAUAGAUAUUUAAGGCUAGCACCCCUUUACUUAGUUGUAGCCGCAAUGACAGCCCUCUUCACAUCCUACAUUAAAGAUGUUUCAGUGUUUCACAUAACCGACCCAUACGAUGAAGUUUGCUCGAAAUAUUGGUGGAGAAAUGUUCUUCUGAUUCAAAAUUUCUUCGAUCGUAAAGAACUCUGCCUCAAUUGGUCUUGGUCACUGGCUUGUGAGAUGCAAUUCUAUUGCAUUGUCUUAGGACUGCUUUAUACUUAUGCCAAAUAUCCAGAAGUUGCCAAAAAAUUAGUAUUUUCCGGAGUGAUUGUUUCAACCGCAUGGACCUAUUUUGUGGGACAUCGGCUUCGAUAUCAAUUCUCGUUUGAUAUGGUGACACAUACUUGCAAUGAAUUGUACAUUAAUCCUUUCCUUCGAAUAACACCUUACAUUGUUGGUUCGAUGGCCGGUUACUAUUUGGCUAAAAGCAAAGGAAAUGUGAAAAUCAGUUCAGAGACUGAGAAGUUGUUGUGGAAUUUGACAGUCUUGACAUUUAUCUUUUGUACAUAUUCGAACUUCGAAAGAAAUCUGUCACCUUUUUAUUCGAUCACUCUUUUGGUUGGAUCGCGAGUGUCUAUUGCGAUGGCUGUGAGUUGGAUGAUUAUUGCAAGUGUAACAUGUCGUGGAGUUUGGUGGUCAAAGAUGUUGGAAUGGAAAUACUUUCAAAUAACAAAUCGAUUAGCUUAUGCGAUAUCUCUGCUAAAUCCUUUGAUUAUAAUAAUUGUCUUCAGCUUGUCGAAUUACAGUUCAUAUGUGGAUCCUAUUCAAAUGGGUGUCCUGUCAUGUGGAUUUUGUGUUAUUACGUUUUUGGCUGCAAUAAUAUUCUCACUCGCAUUUGGAGUGCCGUAUUUCAAAUUAUCAAUACUACUAUUAAGGAGCAAUAUUAAGGUCGCUUGAAAAUAUAUUUUUGUUUGUGUUUAACUUUGUAUGUAAGAGAUUAAAAAAUCAAAAAUGUAUGGUACAAAAAUAUGUCUUAAGGGGAUUUUAUAUUAUUUAUCAUCAAUGGCAGAAAAUGUAAAAAUAAAUAUAAACCUUUUAGUUUUUCUAAAAAUA